UCUUAACAAGAAGCACAGUUCCGUGCCUGGCCACACAGACUUACACCAAGCCCUUGACCCCUGGAGGACAUAAGACCCUCUUGUUCCAGGCAGGACUGACCUGGGCCAUCCUCUUAUCUGUACUUGCUGCAUCUUGAAACAGAAUCAGGAAUCUCAGUGCAGGAGGAGCUGCGGAAGACAACGGAGACAAUCCCAGGCCAGGAAAUGUUGUUUUACCAAGCAAACGUGCCAGGCGGGGACAGGUCCCAUCCCACCUCCCACAGGUGGGAGGCAUUAGGGGGCGGGGUAUUGAGUCUGUCCAACCAGGCGGCCGCUGAGGCAGGUGGGCGGAGCGGUCCCCCACUCAGACGUGGACUUCCUUACCUUCUACAGCAGAGGGAUCGCGCAUCUUUUCCGGUUCACUAACCUGUUAACUCUCACGUACCUUCUGUUGCCCUGUGUUCUGCACUAGUCCUUGGAGUCGUUAAGAGGGACUCAGACCCAGGAAACCUCGAAAUGGACUCAUUGGCCUUUGAGGAUGUGGCUGUGAAUUUCACCCUGGAGGAGUGGGUUUUACUGGAUUCCUCACAGAGGAAACUCUACAGAGAUGUGAUGCAGGAAAACUUCCAGAACCUGGUCUCAGUAGAAACAAAACAGGAAGAUCAUGACAUUGAAUAUCAGUACAAAAACCAGGGGAGAAAAUUAAGAAGUUCUAUGGUAGAGAGACUCUCUGAAAGUAAAGGCAGUAGUUUCUGUGGAGAAAACUUCACCCUUAUUCCAACUCUCAAUCUGAAGAAGAAAACUCCUGGUUUAAAACCAUGGGAAUGCAGUGCAUGUGCAAAGGUCUUCAUGCAUCAUUCAUCCUUUAAUAGACACAUGAAAUGUCACAUUGAAAACAAACGAAGAGAGUAUCAAAAGUACCAUGAGAAGGUAUAUAAAUGUAAAGAAUGUGGGAAAGCAUUCAUUUCUCCUAGUUCUCUUAGAACACAUGAAAGGAGUCACACUGGAGAGAAGCCCUAUGAAUGUGAACAAUGUGGAAAAGUCUUUCGAUAUAAAAAAUCCUUCCGACUACACAAAAGAACUCACACAGGAGAGAAACCCUAUGAAUGUAAGGAAUGUGGGAAAGCCUUCAUGUGGGAAACAACUUUUCGAAAACACAUGGUAACUCACGCUGGGGAUUUACCUUAUAAAUGUCAGAAAUGUGAGAAAGCAUUCAUUUAUCCCAGUUGUCUUCGAAUGCAUGAAAGCAGUCACAAUGGAGAGAAACCCUAUCAAUGUAAACAAUGUGGAAAAGCCUUUAAAAGUCCUGAAACUAUUCAAAUCCAUGAAAGAAUUCACAGGGGAGAGAAACUCUAUGAAUGUAAGCAGUGUGGUAAAGCCUUCAAUCAUUUCAGUUCCUUACAGCUACACAAAAGACAUCACACAGGAGAGACACCAUAUGUGUGUAAAACAUGUUCUAAAGUAUUGAAUACUGCCCGGUCUCUUCGAAAUCAUGAAAGAAUCCACACUGGAGAAAAACCUUAUGAAUGUAAGGAAUGUGGGAAAGCCUUCACAUGGAAAAUAACCCUUCAGAAACAUAUGAUAACACACACUGGGGAUGGACCUUAUAAAUGUAAAGAAUGUGAGAGAGUAUUCAUUAAUCCCAGUUCUCUUAAAACACAUGAAAGGAGUCACACUGGAGAGAAACCAUAUCAAUGUGAACAAUGUGGUAAAAGUUAUAGAUAUCUAGCAGUUUUGAAAAUACAUCGAAGGACCCAUACUUGAGAAAAACCCUAUGAAUGUAAAAAUGAAGGGAAAACCUUCACUUCUGCAUAUGUUCAAGUGCAUGAAAGAAUUCACACUGGACAGAAACCCUAUCAAUGACAGGAAUGUGGAAAAUCCUUCAUUUGCCUCUCAGUCGUUCAAAGACCUGAGACUGCACACUGGACAGAAAUCAUAUAAAAUAUGACGAAUGUGGGAAUAGCUUUUCUGAUCUUUGUAGUUUAUGAAACCAUAAAAGGGUUUACUAGAUAAAACCUUAUUUGUAAACAGCCUGGGUUGUUGGUCGAUAUCAUUACAUGUAAAAACUCCCAUGGAAAAGAAGUAUAAAUGUAAGUAACAUGAGAUAACUUGAUGGAAAGUAAUCUAUGCCUAAUGUUCCAAAAAACCUUCAAUAUGAAAGAGUUUUUAAAAAUUUUAUUUAUUAUUAUUUUUUUUUGGCCAGGCUGUGCAGCAUGUGGGGCAUCUUAGUUCCCCAA